AUGUCUCUCCCGCAAGUACAAAACGCAUAUGCUUGUCUCACACUUGGCAAGGCUGGUAUCCAAUCCAAGCCCCUGCCUGUGCUUGAUGCGACAGGAAUCCUCGUCAAGAUCAAAGCUGUCGCGCUCAACCCUACCGAUUGGAAGCACCUCGACCGCAUGCUAGAGCCGAGCCAGUCGAUGGGGAGCGAUUUCGCGGGAGAUGUGGUCGCUGUUGGGGAGAGCGCGGUUGGUAAAGGCGUGAAAGUGGGAGACGCGGUUGCAGGGUAUGUUCGUGGUGGUUACGCGUUUGGGGAUAAGGACAAUGGGGCUUUCCAAGAGUACAUCCGCAUUUACCCAGAGCUCGUCUGGCACAAACCGGCUUCUAUAUCCUACGAACAGGCCGCCGCUCUAUCCCUCGCUGCUGCCACUGCCCAGCAAGGCUUGUACAUCAACCUACACGUACCAAGCCCCUGGAGCGGUAAGACUGGCGGUCCUGCCAUCCUCAUUUGGAGCGGGGCAACGUCCGUUGGCGACGCAGCAGUUCAGCUCGCCGCUCUUUCAGGACUCAAAGUCAUCGUCACUUCCUCCCCUUCCAACUUCAGCUAUCUCAAGUCCCUCGGUGCGACCGAAGUGUUCGACUACUCUGAUCCGGACGUGGUUGAGAAAGUGAAGGAGGCGAGCGGGGGAGGAGUUGGCUGGGCUUUGGACACAUAUUGCGAGAAGGGGUGCACGCUGCUCUCUGCCAAGUGCUUCGCGCCCGAAGGGGGCAAGAUCACCACGCUUCUGCCCAUCAACCCAGAGGACUAUCCCGACUGGCCCGCGAACGUGACCCUCGAACGCACCCUGAUCUACACCGCCCUCGACCCCAAGAACGCCGCAGAGUGCGCCGGUCUGGAAGAAUGGUACACGCACCUCCCGCAGCUUGUCGAGCAGGGAAAGGUCAGGCCCCAGCCAUUGAAGAAGUUUGAGGGCGGCUUGAGCGGGCUCACGGAGGCGCUGGAUUAUGUGAGGACGGGAAAAGUGAGGAGAGAGAAGGUUGUGCUGAGCUGGGAGUAGAAGAGUCGGGGAUACCGAACCUCGAUCACCGGACGCUUAUAUGUAUGAGUUAUGUUUUAUUGCUGCAAGUGUUUCUUGUGGCGGCUGCAGG